UGAGCUGCUCUGCCACAAGAAUCGACAUGGAACCAGUAACUCAGAGUCUGACUGUCAACAGAGGAAAUGAACAGCCCAACAUUGAAGUCCAAAUUGCUCCAAAUAGCACAGACAGUGAAGUCACUCUGGUGUGUCUGGUCACCAGUCAGAGGCUGCAAGAUUACUACAUCGCCUGGUCAGAAAGUUCUGGGAAAGAUCCUGAAAAUUUCACUGAUGGGAUUAACUUACCCACACAGAAGAUAAGGAACAGUUACUUGGUUUCAAGCCUCUACACCAUCACCAAGGACAGCUGGAACAGAAACAUGUUCAGCUGCAAUGUUUGGCCUGCAGGCAGUGAUCAAGCUGUCAAACCUCGAUAUGUGUCCAGGUUCUCUGAUCAUGCAGCACCUGUUACUGUGAAACUGAGCCCUCCCAGUCCUAAGGCAAUGUUCUCCAAUAAACAAGCAGAGCUCAAAUGUGUUGUUACUGGACAGGAUAGAAGCAUUUUAUCUGAUACUAACAUCAGUUGGUACAUUAAUGGACAGCAAGUGACCAAUGGGAUAACUGAUGGUAGCAAUUCAGGAGAAAAAUACAGCACAUUAACUCGAGACCUUAAAGAAUGGAAGAAAGUCAACACAGUGAGCUGCUCUGCCACAAGAAUCGACAUGGCACCAGUAACUCAGAGUCUGACUGUCAACAGAGGAAAUGAACAGCCCAAUAUUGAAGUCCAAAUUGCUCCAAAUAGCACAGACAGUGAAGUCACUCUGGUGUGUCUGGUCACCAGUCAGAGGCUGCAAGAUUACUACAUCGCCUGGUCAGAAAGUUCUGGGAAAGAUCCUGAAAAUUUCACUGAUGGGAUUAACUUGCCCACACAGAAGAUAAGGAACAGUUACCUGGUUUCAAGCCUCUACACCAUCACCAAGGACAGCUGGAACAGAAACAUGUUCAGCUGCAAUGUUUGGCCUGCAGGCAGUGAUCAAGCUGUCAAAUCUCGAUAUGUGUCCAGGUUUUCAGAUCAUGCAGCACCUGUUACUGUGAAACUGAGCCCUCCCAGUCCUAAGGCAAUGUUCUCCAAUAAACAAGCAGAGCUCAAAUGUGUUGUUACUGGACAGGAUAGAAGCAUUUUAUCUGAUACUAAGAUCAGUUGGUACAUUAAUGGACAGCAGGUGACUAAUGGGACAAAUGAUAGUGGCAAUUCAGGAGAAAAAUACAGCACAUUAACUCGAAACCUUAAUGAAUGGAAUGAAGUCAACAAAGUGAGCUGCUCUGCCACAAUCAACGACAUGCCACCAGUAACUCAGAGUCUGACUGUGAACAGAGGAAUUGAAGAGCCCAAAAUUCAAGUCCUACUUCCUUCAGGGAGCACAGACAGUGAAGUCACUCUGGUGUGUCUGGUCACCAGUUCAAAGGAGCAAGAUUACUACAUCGCCUGGUCAGAAAGUUCUGGGUAUAAUUCUGGAACAUUCAUUGACGGGAUUACCUUGCCCACACAGAAGAUCAACAAUAGUUACUUGGUUUCAAGCCUUUACACCAUCAACAAGAAAAAGUGGGAAGGAACUGACCAGUUCAGCUGUAAUGUAUGGCUUGCUGGUCGUGAAAAAGCUAGCAGCCCCCAAUCUGCAUCUAAGUACUCAGGAUGUACAGGUUUCUACUCAGUCAUAAAUGAGACAAUCGCUUUAAGUUGCAUUGAAAAUGCCACUGAAGGAGAAGACUUCAACAGCUUGUGGUCCACAGCCUCCUCAUUCAUCUUCCUCUUCAUCUUCUCUCUCUCCUAUAGCAUGAUUUUAAGCCUGGUUCAGAAACAGGCUCCAGUAUAUCACUGUGACGGCUACUUCGACUACUGGGGGAAAGGAACACAAGUCACAGUUACUUCUGCCACCCAGAAUGCUCCGACUGUAUUUCCUCUGGCUCAAUGUGGUUCUGGGAGCGGCGACAUGGUCACCCUCGGCUGCCUCGCCACCGGUUUCAACCCCCCAUCCAUUACUUUUUCAUGGCAACAAGGCAGUACUUCUUUGGACAACUUCAUCCAGUACCCUCCGAUCCAAAAAGGCAGUGAAUACAUGGGAAUCAGUCAGAUUCAAGUCAGCAGACAGGACUGGGAAGCAAGAAAACCUUUCAAAUGUGUUGCAAAUCACGCUGCAGGACAACAACAUGCUUCAAUGGCGAAACCAAACGUGGUUUAUGAGCUUCCGACUCUUAAAGUGUGUUCCUCCGCUGACGUGGGACAAGGAGAGGCUUACUUCUCCUGCUUUGCCAAAGAUUUUUCACCAAAUACGUAUAGUUUCACAUGGAUGAAAGAAGAUCAAAACAUCACCGACACAACAGCAGUGGUCAACACCUUGUCUCAGGGAAGGAAGGACGCGAAUGGAACCGUUUUGUACAGUGCUUCAAGUCUGCUCACACUGCCGAUCAGUCAAUUAGGUGAAGGUUCAGCGCUUACGUGUGUAUUUACGGGAAGAGGAGAACGUAACACUGAUGUCCAGCGGAAUUCAACUACAUCCUAUAAGGAGUGUCGUGCUGCCAAUUGCGAAACACCAGAUGUGGAGAUAAGCAUCAUAGCCCCCGAAAGCAAGGACCUCCUUGUCAACAAAAAGGGAACUGUAACAUGUCAAGUCACCGUCAUUAGGGGAACACUUGAAAAGCUUAGCUGGGAGGACGAGAACGGAAAGGACCUGGUAGUUGAACCACUGGGUGUCAAAAGAUCAGCAGUACAGGAAGUUACGCUUGAUAUCACCUUUGAUGAAUGGAUCCAAGGAGUUAAGCGCACCUGUGUCAUUGAAAACAGCGAGAGUAUCGAGCAAUACAGAAAAGACUACUAUGGAAAUCUGAGAAAGAGUUUGAAGCGUCCAUCAGUGUUUAUGUUGCCUCCCGUAGAACAAACUAGAGAAGAUGCAGUGAUCCUGACUUGCUAUGUGAAAGACUUCUCUCCCGAGGAGGUUUAUGUGGCUUGGCUUGUCGAUGAUGAAGACGCAGAUGCAAAAUAUCUGUUCAGUACCACAAAACCCGUGGAAAACAAUGGAUCCUUCUAUGUUUACAGUCAGCUGAUCCUCACACGAGAUCAGUGGGAGCAGACUGACAUGGUGUAUAGCUGCGCCGUUUAUCAUCCAGCACUGGCAAACUCAACCAGAUCCAUUGUCAGAUCUAUUGGAUACAGAACCUUUGAAAAAACCAACGUGGUCAACCUCAACAUGAACGUCCCUGAAACGUGCAAGGCCUAUGGAGCCGUGGUAGAAGAGGAAGAUGACAUGACUAACACAGCUAUCACCUUCAUCCUUCUCUUCCUACUCACUCUGGUGUUCUCCAUUGGAACCACUGCAUUUAAGAGAAAAAAUGAUAAAACCCAUAAUGCUGCAUUUAAGGCAUGUGAUCUCCUCUCUUCCACAGAUGUUCGGGUUGUCUCCCCAAACAUCACAUUGUACCCUGUUUGGGAAGGUGAAUUGGACUCGCAAGUCAGACUAAUCUGUGCUUUGAGUGGCUACUUUCCUAAUAAAUUGUCCGUGGAGUGGCACAAGAAUGGCCAGAUUCUCAAAGACAUCACUCCAAAUGAGAACUCUGUGGAUCAGGUCAAGAAAGCCUACAGUCGAUUCACUGAGAUCACACCCAGAACCGUUGACUGGGAGGCAGGAUCAACGUUUACCUGCACGUCUGUUCACAAUAGCAGUGUAUUUGCAAAAACAAUAGACAUUUGUCAGAUCCUUGGAAAAAACCCUCCUCUCAUUCAUAUGGAGAUACCAGCCUAUAAGACAGUGAGUGACAAGGCUUCUGUGGAAGCCACAUGUUUCAUCCGCAAUGCGCUGAACGCCAACCUGAUCUGGUUAAUGGACUGGAGUUCCCCCACAAAUCAACACCAAUCUUGGACUACCUGGGAAAAGAUGACAAGUCUUCAGUGUAAAGUUGAACAUCCCUGCUUCUCGAAUGUAAAGACCGUGCACUUUUCAGGGCCUUCAGUUACACUUCCACAUGUGGAAAUCAAGAGAUUUUUUCAAGGCCUGCAGAAGGAAGAAAGUGCAGCCUUCCAAUGUGACAUCUCACAGCUGUCCUCACGGGACCUCUACGUUACGCUUAAUGCCAAUGGACAGGAUAUUUUGGAAAAACAAUACAUUAAUCUUCCUGAAGGCCCUGGCCCUCAUUCAGUCAGUAGGAUCUUCUAUGUUCCCAGAGAGCUCUGGAAAACUGAUACACGUUUAACCUGUGCAGUGAAGCAAGGCUUCUCCAGGGGUUAUAUCACCUCAAAUUCAACCAGCAAUAUUUUUGUGAACCCCUCUGUGGAACUCUAUUUGGCCUCCAGCAAAGCACAAGGUCAAAAAACGCUCCUGUGUUCUGGACUGGGCUUCAACCCACAUAUUAAAUGGUUAGACGGAAUAUCUACAUCAAGUUAUGAGAUCAGCACUGAUACAAAAGGACGUGUGGCAGUGACAAGUCAACUGACAGUUUCUGAAACAGAGUGGAAAUCAGGAAAGGUCUUCAGAUGUGAAGUCUCUGACAAGUCUAUGAAUAACGUUGUCGUGGAGGAAAUCAGCAUCUGCUCAGUUUUUUCAAGCACCCCUCCUACCUUUGAAAUGGCGAUUCCAAGCUUUAAGACUGUGAUGACGGAAUCUGUAGUGAAAGCUACAUGUUUGGUUCACACUGCGUUUGAUGCCAAAGUCACCUGGCUGUUGGAUGGACUCAGUCCCCAGAGUGACACAAUGAAGCAUGUUCCAAACAAAACUCAUAUAGCCAGUGGGGUGACAGUUUCUGCGUCUCAGUGGCAGCAACUGAAAACUGUAACAUGCAGAGCAGAACAUCUGUGUUUUUCAUCUGCUGAAAAGACAGUAACUGUAUCAGGGCCUUUAGUUACACCCCCACAGGUGGAAAUCAGGAGACCUUUUCCAGACCUGCUAAAGGGAGAUAGUGCCACCUUCCAAUGUGACAUCUCUAAGCUGUCCUCGCAGGACCUCUAUGUUACAUUUCAGGCCAAUGGAAAGGAUAUUUCGGACAGAGAUUAUGUUGAUCUUCCUGAAGGCCCUGGCCCUCAUUCAGUCAGUAGGACCUUCUCUGUUCCCAGAGAGCUCUGGAAACUGAUAACAAGUUUAACCUGCGCAGUGAAGCAAGGCUUCUCCAGCAGUGUUGUCACCUCAAAUUCCAUCAGCAAUAUUUUUGUGGAACCCUCUGUUGAACUUUAUCUGGCUCCCACUGAAAGAUUGGGGCAACAAACGCUUGUGUGUUCCGGUCGGGGCUUCAAGCCACAAAUCAAAUGGUUUAAUCAGUCAGAGCAGAUGAACUCACCAACUGAGGACAGCAUGAACAAAAAUGGAGACGUUGCUGUAACGAGUCGGCUGCAUGUUGAUCAGACAGAGUGGGCAAGAGGAAUGGUAUUUGCAUGCGAAGUGUCCGACAGUUCUCUAAAUAAAAAGGUCAAAAAGGAAAUCAGUGUCUGCUCAGGUACCCCAACAUCUUCUUAUGAGGUCGCCGUCUAUAUUCAGAGACCUAAACUAGAGAGCUUCAAAAGAGGGGAUCCUGUGACUGUUACAUGUCUUUUGGUUGGCACUAGUCUGAGUGAUUUCUCCAUAACCUGGAAAUUAGGUGGUCAGCAGUCUUCCCCAGGUCACAUCCGUACGGAAAAACCUGUGAGUUGCAGAAACGGAUCGGAAACUUUACACACCUUCCUCAGUGUGUCAGCGGAGGACUGGUACUCAAAUAAACAAGUGUCUUGUGAGGCAAAACAUCUGUGCGCCAACAAAAUUUAUAAUGCCCAUAUCAGCAAAAAUACAGCUCUGUACAAACCAGUUCUGAGGAUAGUGGAACCAAUUACUGAGCUGUAUAGGUCAGAGAGCGUCACGCUUACUUGCUUAGUCUCAGGUUUUCUUCCAUCUGACAUCAUUGUUCACUGGGAAGAGAAUGGCCGACAACUCCCAGCUUCUCACUAUAUUAACAGUCCUUCAUGGAAAGAACCAGGAACAAGCUAUUUUUCAAUGAGGAGCAGACUAAAUGUAACUAGGGCUGAGGACAAUAAGUCGACCUACUCUUGUGUUGUCGUCCAUGAAUCGUCUGAGACUCCAGUUGUGGCCAGCAUAAGCGACAUGUUUGCCUCUGUGACCUACAGCAAACCUUCAGCAAUCUUAUUCGAGGAAGAGGACAAACUAGUAUGCCUGGUCUCAGGCUUCAGCCCACCAUCCAUCAAUAUCACUUGGUUCCGCAGUGAAACCCCACAGCUUUUGGACUACAACAUAACUGAGCCCUACCUUGGCCAGGAUGGGAAAUUCAGCAUUCAAAGCCGCCUUCGCCUGGCCCCAAUUGAUUCUUUACCAGGCAUUGUUUUAACCUGCCAGGUGACGCAUGAAGGGACCACCCUGACAGUGAAUAUGUCCAAACCAGAAUUAGAGACACACUGGACCACUGUACUUCUUGAUACUAUCAAGGACACUGAUGUGAGCCAAGAUGCACUCAAGGAACCCGGGUCUAUGGCGUUAACGUUCCUGUGCUUUUUCCUCUUCACCAUCAUAUUUUGUCUUGUUGUCCUCAUCGUUAAGACCAAAUAGUGACAGAGGACAUAUUGCUUUUAACUGGAUGAAGACAUAUUUUUUUAGAUUUUUUUCCCUGUUUGUUUUAGAAUGUGUGUUUUGAUGAUCAGUUUU